AUGUUAUCUUUCCAAGCUCCCCAUAAGCUUCUUAUCAUCUUUAUCGCUAUAUGCUUAACGCAGUCCGUUUACACCCAACUCGUGGACCUCACAGCCACAUGUACACUCGGAUAUACCCCAAACGGAUACCACGGAAACUCAAUCUGUUGGGAGACUGCAGAAAGACUAUGGCAAUGCCCACGAAAAAAGUGCUCAUACCAAGGAAACCCGUAUACUCCAAUGAGUGGUUGUAAAAAGGAUGGUUCCACUCAGACGAGUCAACAAAACUGUGCUGGUUAUGAGCUUAAAAAGGGCUAUUACGAAUGUGGCACUUCUGACGCUAAAACUUACAAUUGUCCUAUACCCAAGGGUUCGCCCUUCAUCCAAUGUUCGGGCUGCAAACCAACAUGA